AUGGGCUCAAUUGCUGCCCCUCCGGAUACCGACGAAGCCAACCAUAGGCCGACAGCCAAGGCUUGGUGGAAAGAGUCGUCAGUGUAUCAGAUCUAUCCAGCUUCAUUCAAAGACAGCAAUGGCGAUGGGAUUGGGGAUAUUCCCGGCAUCAUCUCCAAACUGGACUAUGUCCAUGGGCUUGGGGUGGAUAUUGUUUGGCUUAACCCCGUGUUCGAGUCUCCUCAAAUCGAUAUGGGCUACGACAUUUCGGACUAUUACAAAAUUCAUCCCCCCUAUGGUACUGUUCAGGAUGUGGAGGAAUUGAUUUCCAAACUUCAUGAGCGGAAAAUGAAGCUGGUUAUGGAUCUUGUCGUCAAUCACACCUCCGACCAGCACCAUUGGUUUCGCGAAGCGCGUUCUUCGAUAGACAAUCGUUAUCGCGACUGGUAUAUUUGGAGAAAGCCGGUGUUUAGUGCGGACGGCAAGCCUCAACCGCCAAAUAACUGGGUAUCCUACUUCGGGGGUAGCGCUUGGGAAUAUGAUCAAGCGUCCGGUGAGUACUACCUGCAUCUAUUUGCGAAAGAGCAACCGGACCUGAACUGGGAAAAUUCCCAAGUCCGAAGUGCCGUACACCAGAUUAUUCGGCACUGGUUGGAUAAAGGGGUGGACGGCUUCCGAAUGGACGUCAUCAACUUCAUCAGCAAAGACCCGUUAUUUCCCGACGCACCUAUCACUGACCCGGACUCAACGUGGCAAAGUGGUGCAAAGUACUAUGCCUGUGGCCCGAAACUACAUCACUACCUACGAGAGAUUGGGGCCAUCUUGAAAGCGUAUGACGCAUUCUCCGUGGGAGAGAUGCCUGAAGUCAGCGACGUGCAGGAAAUUUUGAAUGCGGUAGGAUAUAACCGAGGGGAGCUAAACAUGAUUUUCCAUUUCGAACUCGUCAGUCUAGACCAUGGGGAAGGAGGCAAGUUUACCCGCGGUCGGUGGAAAAUGCAAGAUCUGAAAGCUAUCGUGUCCAAGUGGCAAACAUCCAUGCACCAAAAUAACGGUUGGAACGCUUUAUACCUUGAGAACCACGACCAGCCGCGAACAGUUUCGCGAUUCGCAUCUGACAAACUCAGUGACCGUGCUCUAUCUGCAAAGAUGCUUGCCACUUUCUUGGGCUUCCAGAGCGGCACAAUUUUCAUUUACCAGGGCCAAGAACUUGGCAUGCCUAAUGUGCCGCUUGGAUGGACGAUUGAAGAGUACAGGGAUAUUGAAACCCUGAACCACUGGCAAGAGUAUGUGCUCUUUCAUGAAAAGGUCCCACCGGCAACUGACGGAUUUGUUAGGAUUACAAGCACACAGGCAAAGGACAGUGCUCUGCAGUCAGCUAGUCUUGCCGAAUAUCGGAUGAAGUCGAGAGACAAUGGCCGGACUCCAAUGCAAUGGGACGCAACUGUGCAUGCAGGCUUCUCCAUUGCGAAGCCAUGGAUCUCCGUGCACGAUGACUACCCAUUAUGGAAUGCGGAGAUCCAGGUGGAGAAUAACGAUAGCGUGUAUCAUUACUGGUCCAACGUGCUGCGCCUAAGAAAGAGAUAUCCGGAGAUAUUGGUGUACGGAUCCUUUGAUCUCAUCUCUUCGGACCAUCCAGACGUAUUCGCUUACACACGCACAUCUGAGACCGGCCGUGCGUUGGCUGUGAUUAACUUCCGGGCUAGCGAGAUUGAAUGGACCGUUCCGGAAGAAUUCAGAGAAUCAUGGUCCUCGGGGUCGACCAUUCUGUCAAACUAUUCUAGGAAACAACGAAGUAAGCUGGAUAGCAUGGUCUACUUGGCACCGUUCGAGGCAUUCUUAUGGUUAGCUGGAGUGAAUUUAUGGUAA